ACCCCAUAAAGCGCCAAACUCACUCCUCAUUUUCUCACUGGUUUGUCUUUACCAUCCUUCACUUUUCUUCUCCAAGUUUCUUAUACCCUAUGCGCCGUUACAAAUUAUUAUUAUUAUUAUUAUUCUCUAAAUUACCCGCUUACAAUUCUCAUUUCUCGCUGCGUUUUCAUAAAACCUAGCUCCUAAUACCGCACUCACUCUUUCGAAUUCCUGAUUCUGAACGCAGAUCAGUGCUUCAUAAAUGGCUUCACCUGCGUGGUUGAACCAGGACCCACAACCACCUCCCGCAGAACCACCUCUGCCCGCCGCGCCUUCUUCCACUCCGAACCCAAAUGCUCCGGCAGCUUCAUUCUCUUACGGCAUGCAUCCAAAUGUGAACGCUUCCGGGAAUCCUCAGCAGUCGACUCAUCCUGGGAUGAAGUCUAAUACGACAAUGAUGCCCACGGCAGUUCAACCUCCAGUUCCUGGUCUCCCUCCACAUGCUGCUCCUUCAUUUUCGUAUAAUAUUUGGCAGAGCGGUCCCGCUUUUUCGAGCAAUCAGCUUACACAGUCUAACACAAAUAAGUCAGAUCCUGUUGUGCAGGAUGUUAGUAAAGCAUCAUCUGUGUCAAGUGUUCCACAUUCUGUCCCUGCUCAUACGUCUAUAAUGCCUCCACCGUCUGACCCCAAUUUUCGCCCAACUACUUCAUGGAUGCCAACUCCUCUAUCUUUUCCUGGGCAUCCUGUAAUGCCUGGAGCUCCUGGUAAUCCUGCCCCCCCUGGACUAACAUCUUCGAUAAUAUCUACAAAUCUUGCUGCUCCACCAAGCACAGUUUCCUCCUCAGCAGCACCUCUAAGACCAAAUAUGCCGGCUGCAGCCAUUGCAUCAGAUCCUACUCUUACACAGAAAGGCACACCCUAUGCAUCCAUGCCUCCCAUGGUUGCCCCACCACCUCAAGGGUUUUGGUUACAACCUCCGCAAAUGAGUGGCAUACUUAGGCCCCCGUUUCUUCAAUAUCCCGCUGCUUUUCCUGGUCCAUUUCCCUAUCCAGUGCGUGGUGUAAAUCCGCCUGCUGUUACACUACCUGAUUCCCAACCCCCUGGUGUUACACCUGUGAAUGCUACUGCUGCAACUUCAGCACCUUCUGCUUCCGAUAAUCAGCUUAGACAAGGAACUGAUUUGCAGACAGAUUUAAUUUCUGGCCCUGCUGAUGACAAGAAAUCAAAUGUGACUCAGAAUGUUGGUGCUGCUAACGAGAAAUUGGAUGCCUGGACAGCCCAUAAGACUGAAACAGGAGUUGUAUACUAUUAUAAUGCCUUGACAGGAGAAUCAACAUAUGAUAAACCUGUUGGCUUUAAAGGCGAGCCUCACCAAAUUGCUGUGCAGCCAACUCCAGUUUCAAUGGUGGAUAUACCAGGUACAGAUUGGAUGUUGGUCUCCACUAGUGAUGGGAAGAAAUAUUACUACAACAAACAAACCAAGACAAGCUCCUGGGAAGUUCCAAAUGAGGUGGCCGAAUUGAAAAAGAAGCAAGAUGGUGAUGUCACAAAAGAUCAUUCAAUGUCAGUUCCAAAUACUAAUGUAUUGUCUGAUAGAGGGUCUGGAAUGGUUACUCUGAAUACUCCUGCUAUUAAUACUGGUGGUCGUGAUGCUGCAGCUCUUAAACCUUCUAGUGUUCAGAGCUCAUCAUCGGCACUGGAUUUGAUCAAGAAGAAGCUGCAGGAGUCUGGAAUGCCUGUUGCUUCCUCUUCUGUUCCUGUGUCACCAGUACAAACAGGAUCUGAAUCAAAUGGUUCCAAAGCAGCUGAAUCUGCAGCAAAGGGCCUGCAAAAUGAUAACAAAGAUAAACAAAAAGAUGCUAAUGGUGAUGCUAACACCUCUGACACAUCCUCAGAUUCAGAAGAUGAAGAUAGUGGACCCUCAAAGGAAGAGUGCAUCAUUCAGUUUAAGGAAAUGCUUAAAGAGCGAGGAGUGGCACCAUUCUCAAAGUGGGAGAAAGAAUUGCCAAAGAUAGUAUUUGAUCCACGUUUCAAGGCCAUACCAAGUUAUUCUGCUAGGAGAUCCUUGUUUGAGCAUUAUGUUAAAACUCGUGCGGAAGAAGAACGCAAGGAAAAGCGUGCUGCACAGAAGGCUGCAAUUGAGGGGUUUAAGCAAUUACUUGAUGAAGCCUCAGAGGACAUUGACCACAAUACUGAUUAUCAGACUUUCCGAAAGAAAUGGGGAAACGAUCCACGGUUUGAGGCAUUGGACCGCAAAGAACGGCAGCACUUAUUAAGUGAAAGAGUUCUUCCUUUGAAGAAAGCUGCUGAACAAAAGGCUCAAGCAAGCCGCAUAGCUGCUGCUACUAGUUUUAAAUCAAUGCUUAAAGAACGAGGCGAUAUAUCUAUUAACUCCCGUUGGUCCAGGGUCAAAGAAAGUUUAAGGGAUGACCCAAGAUAUAAAUCUGUGAGACACGAGGAUAGGGAGCUUUUGUUCAAUGAGUAUAUAUCUGAAUUAAAAGCUACUGAACAUGCUGCAGAACGAGAGAAUAAAGCCAAAAGGGAGGAGCAGGAUAAGUUGAGGGAGAGAGAACGGGAGCUUCGGAAAAGGAAGGAAAGAGAGGAGCAGGAAAUGGAAAGGGUGCGGGUGAAAAUACGAAGAAAGGAGGCAAUCACUUCUUUUCAAGCUUUGCUUGUGGAGACAAUCAAAGACCCUUUGGCAUCAUGGACGGAAUCUAAGCAUAAGUUAGAAAAGGAUCCUCAAGGACGUGCAACUAAUCCUGAUCUAGAUCCAGCUGACACUGAAAAGCUCUUUCGGGAACAUAUCAAGAUGCUUCAGGAACGAUGUGCACACGAUUUUAGAACGCUUUUGGCUGAAGUAUUGACUUUGGAAGCUGCAUCUCAUGAAGGUGAAGAUGGGAAAACAGUUCUUAAUUCAUGGUCUACUGCAAAGCGCCUUUUGAAAUCUGAUCCAAGAUAUAACAAAGUUCCAAGGAAAGACAGGGAACCCUUGUGGCGCCGAUACACAGAAGAUGUGCAGCGGCGGCAAAAGUCAUCCCAGGAAGAGAAAAACGCAGAUACUAAGGGUAGAAAUACAUUAGAAUCUAUUAAACUUGCGUUGGAAGCUGGGAGAUCCCACGAGAGGAGAUGAUUCUUGAGAGAUUAGGUCUCUAACUUUGAAGCCUUGAUGUUAUAGCAGAUAAAGUUCUAAAUUCUGUGUUCAUUGCUUCCUCUAUUAGAUUGCUAUAGAGUGGUAUUAUAUAAUCAUAUCGUCAUUAUAUUGCAGAAUGCAGAAGUAUCAUUGUUAUGAGUUUGGCGAAUGCUUCACAUCUUAUUUCGAUUUUCCCUUGUAAAUUGGAACGAGAAAUGCCUAAUCCUCUAUCUAUUUUUAUUAUAUAACA